GGAACCGUUUUAGAAAGAGAAAUCAAGAAAAUAGUUUUAGAGAGAGAGAGAGAGUUGAAGGGGAUAUCUUUCUUAAGACUGACCGCUUUAUCUGAAAAUUCGGUAUUACAUAAAGUCGUCUUGGUUCUUUGAGAGAGAGAGAGAUGGGAGCUUAAGGGAAAAAAAAAAAAAAGCUUUGUCUUUUCUCUCUUUUGCAUUCAAUUCUCUUCCCCUCUCUCUUUCUGAUUUUCAUCCACAUAGCAGCAACCUAUCUUCAAUUGUAACCGACUCUCUUUCUCUCUAGAAAGAUAACAACACAUGAAUAUAUUUGUACCUAUGUUUUGAUGGGGGAGAUCAAGAAAUGAUCAUGAUCAUCAGCGUUGAAAAAAGUGAACAAGGGGAGUUUCGCCAUUAAUGGGGUUCUCAAGAGCUGUUUUAGAGAGAGAAAGCAGCAACAAGCACCUUCAUCUAGUUGAGCCUACUGGCUUGAAUAUGGGUUCCAAUAAAAACCAGCUAGUACUUGUGAACCAACAUCAACAACAAAUUCAAGAUCCUUCUCCUCAUCAACAUCAUCAGUAUCAGCUGCAACAACAACAGCUGCAGAAUAAUCCUCAGAUUCAUCCGUAUAUGAUGCAAUCGUCUUCGUCUUCGUCGCCGAUUCCUACCAACUUCAUAAGCAAAGAUUCUGGAGCUUAUGAUUUGGGUGAGUUAGAUCAAGCUCUCUUUCUUUAUUUUGAUGGACAACAAGACCCCUCAUCUGUGCAAGACCAAAGGCGUGCAGAGAACACUGGGAUGAGGCCACCAACUCUGAACAUUUUCCCUUCACAGCCAAUGCACAUAGAGCCAUUAACAACCAAGGGAAGUGUUGGAUUAGUUUCUUCAUCUCCAGCAACUAGUGGUUCGAAGAGACCAUCUGAGCCGUCCAUGGAGUCGACCAACCCCAAAAACAAUGCUGCCACUGGUCCUGAUCAAGCACCUGCCAAAGCAAUCAAGCGUGAAGGUAACCGCAAAGGCCCGACAUCAAGUUCAGAACAGGAAGGACCUAAAACGCCAGACCCCAAGACACUGAGGAGACUUGCUCAAAAUCGAGAGGCAGCUAGGAAAAGCAGACUUAGGAAAAAGGCUUAUGUUCAGCAGCUAGAAACAAGUAGGAUUAAGCUUACACAACUUGAACAAGAGCUACAAAGGGCUAGAUCACAAGGGGUCUUUUAUGGUGGAGGUGGUGCUCUAAUGGGAGCUGACCAAAGUAUUCCAGUUAUGAACAACAUAAGCUCAGUAUUUGACAUGGAGUACCAAAGGUGGCUAGAGGAACACCACAGACUGAUGUGCGAGCUUCGAGCAGCGGUUCAAGAGCAUAUACCGGAGAAUGAGUUACGGUUAUUUGUCGACAAUUGCUUAGCUCACUACGACGAGAUUAUGAACUUCAAAAGCAUGGUGGUUAAGUCCGACGUUUUUCACCUUCUUUCCGGCAUGUGGAAGUCUCCCGCCGAACGUUGCUUCAUGUGGAUGGGUGGUUUCCGGCCCUCCGAGCUCAUCAAGAUUAUACUGAACCAAAUAGAGCCGUUAACGGAGCAACAGCUGUUGGGGAUUUGCGGAUUACAACAGUCAACACAGGAGGCCGAAGACGCUCUAUCGCAAGGACUCGAGGCACUGAAUCAAUCUCUCUCAGACACCAUUGCUUCUGACUCACUGAGUAGCCCACCUAACAUGGGAAACUACAUGGGGCAGAUGGCCAUAGCCAUGAAUAAGCUCUCCACACUUGAAGGCUUCGUAAGACAGGCAGAUAAUCUGAGACACCAAACAAUUCACCGGCUGCACCAGAUCCUGACCACCCGUCAAGCGGCACGAUGUCUUUUGGCAAUAGCUGAGUACUUCCAUCGUCUCCGUGCUCUUAGUUCCCUCUGGUUGGCACGUCCCCGACAAGACUAGGUGGGGAAGGGAAGACAAGAGAUCUAGAGAAAAGAAAAGCCCUAGCUAGCUACCGUAAUUUAUCUUUAAAGUUUACUUACUUUUUUAAAUAUUAUGACUUCUCUCAUUUUCACAUAUACAUUGUAUAGAUAGACAAAAAAUAAAUAGAUCAUAAGGUUAUACUAUUGGCACUCUCUUUUAUCAUCUCUCUCUCAAUUCAUCUUGAACCAUGGAAUUUUGGGAAGUAAUGAUUUGGCAGCCAUUUCUGACUGGAAAUAGAGAGUACUUGGGGUUCAAA